AUGCAAAGCACUCUUAUAGAAGACAAGAAGGCUCAGAAGCAUGAGGACAAAAUAGCUGAAAAUAUCUUGCGAAGGGCGGAAUUAACCCGAAUUACCCAACAACUAAAGUCAAAGCUAUCCAAGGUGGGUAGAUUGGCAGCAAUGGACUCUGAACAAGGGUUACGCGGGAAGAAAGCCUUUAAACCAAAUGGACUUCCCAUUGCAAUUGCGUCUGGUGGAGUCAAUGAGGGAUCACUUAAUCCUGAGCAGCCAGAACGCCUGAAGAAUCACAAUUCAUCGCCCGUCAAAAGAGAUCUUAACGCCAAUAAUUUACCCUCGUCGCCAGUUUACUCAUACAGAACAUCUGAUCUUUCAAGCAAACUUGGUAACUCGUUUGAUAAUGAUGAUACUUCUUUAACAAAUCCCCCAUCGACACCACCUAGAAAGCAUGAAACGUUGACAUUAUCCAGCAAGAAUGAGGCACAGGUUGCCCUUCAAAACGCCAUUUUGGCGACUCCCAAAUCUAAGGUGAUUGGCAGGAGUGCAAAUCUCAAGACUCCAUCUGGUAAUAAUGGUCCAAAAGAGCUUGAUGAUGGGGCAGAUUUAUUGAUGUUCUUAGCAACGUCACCAUCACCUUCACGUCCAGGAAAUCACAUACAGAGUCAUAGCAACGCACAGCUGCAAGGAAUCGUAUCACCCCGUAAUUAUCAAACACAAUUGCAGAAUGUCAAUUCAACUCCUCCUAGGCAGAAGGAUAGAUCUUUUGGUACACCGUUGGGUUUACCAUCUUCAUAUAUCAACCGUUUCAACAUGACCCCCGGUACGCCGCGUAAUUCUGGUCAAUUGAAAGGACUCCAACGAACUCCGGGAUUCAGUAUGAGUGAUUAUGUUAAUUUUUUUACCCCAUCCCCAAGACAGCAUAAAACUCCAGACGUUAGCUAUUCUAAUAUUGUCACAUCCAACAUCUCAGUGCAGGGCACCCUAUUGAAUUUUGACCGCUCCCCAGCAAAUCAGAAAUUAAUGGGUUCGGAGAUAAAAACAAAGGAGACCCGGAAACCUAAAGACGCCAGAGAUGAUGAAUCUCCGCUAAAGAAGCGAAAGGAGAACUAA